CGCUAUCGAGCGGCAACACUAGUAGAUAUUCUCGUUCUGCGUCUUUCUCCAAGAUUUGCCGACUUUGUAGUGUUUAUAAAUAAUUAAGGUGCGUGAUGACAUAAAUUAUUCAGAAUUUGCUCAUACAACGGAAUAAUUGAAACUUUGUUGAAACUACUAAGUACUUAACCGCUAACCUAAGAUCCAGGAUAUAAACAUUAAUUUUCGUCAGAAUAAUACACAUUACAAAAUCUCAACACAAAACAAUUCUCAGUAAACGUUUAAGAAUUAAAAUAGAUAACUAUGAUGAAUACCGAUGAAAACUGUGAUGUAGUCAGAUGCGAAUGGUUGACUAAAGAUCCUGAAUAUAUUAGAUAUCAUGAUGAAGAAUGGGGCAAUCCUGAGUACAACAGCAUUCGGUUGUUAGAAAUGCUCUGUUUAGAAGGACAACAAGCUGGUUUGUCAUGGCUAACUAUCUUGAAGAAAAGAGACAAUUAUAGAAAAUUAUUUUUUAAUUUUGAUCCACACAUAGUUGCCAGACUGAAACAAAAAGAAAUAUCAAAUUAUAUAAAUAAUCCAGGAAUUGUAAGACACAAUGGCAAAAUUGAAGCAAUAAUAAAUAAUGCCAAAUGUUUUAUAAAAAUGGAAGAAAUGGGUGAAGACUUUUCCCAUUUCAUAUGGAACUUUGUAAAUAAUGAACCAAUUGUAAACAACUGGAAUAAUAGCAAAGAUGUUCCGACUGAGAGUGAAGAGUCAAUAAGUCUUUCAAUAGCCUUGAAGAAGAAAGGAUUUAAGUAUGUUGGUUCAACAAUUUGUUACGCUUUUAUGCAAGCAUGUGGCUUAGUUAAUGAUCACAUAUUAUCAUGUGUUUGUCGUAAGAAAUAAAUACUAGGUACCUACUCA